AUGCAUCCCCUUCACAAUGCCAUAUUGCCAAAAUUACUCUCUACUAUUAAACACGGUUAUGAACACGAUGAACCUCCCUCUCAUGAGCACAUCGCGAAUCAAGAACUUUCAUUUCAUACGAGUGUUAUUGACAUGGAUAUAUUACAACAAAACGUAAUUCUGAGUUGCCGUUUUAGUGCAUGUGGUAAAAACCCAUAUACAGAAAAUGCAAACACAUCCUACUAUUCUGCUGUUCUGACCUUUUCCUAUGUUCAAAAGUUGGUCUUACCACCUAUGAGGGUAUCAAAAACAAGAUUUCCCAAGAAACCUGGGGGGACCACUUCUGUCCCUCAAGACACAUCACUUGGUCAACUCACCAUUGACAUCAACGUCCACGAGUCUGGUAUCACCCAUCAUGGCUUACCACCAGACCAAACCACUGAAGACACUCACUGUCCCGUAUCCGUCACCAGAAACGGUUUGAUGUGGUGUUUACUACCAACAAACCUGACAAGCAACAGGUGCUUCCUUAGCGCAGUUGGCAGCGCGUUAGUCUCAUAA